AUGGCAGAGAAAAAAGCGUUUGAUUUAGGGGAAAUCUAUGCAACAGACGAGUUAGCAACACUCUCAUUAGCAAUGUACUGUGAGUGCAAAAGAACCCCGCGAACAAACAACGGGUUUACGGGUUUCGAGACGCCGCCAGUCGAGGGGCCCCGACUACCGCCUGCAGAGUCAGACGAGCCCGCUCAAUAUUUAGUGGCGAUGUCGGAGAAAAAACGGGGGGCUCUCCGCACACACAUAUUCAAAAUAAAACCCGUGCAAUGGCCGACGAGGCAUCGUGCCAGCAGCGGAGGCAGAGAAGAAGCUGAGAAAGCCGUGGAUAGGAGGGGUGACGACGAAAAGAAGAAGACGACGGCAAGACACCGGCCGCACCCGUCAGUCCCGGCACAAGACACGCACAUACACUCAAAAAUCUCUCUUUUCAGAUUAGCAUUGGCAGACGGUGAAAAAACGCCACCAAAUGAAACAGGUUUGUUUUGCUGA